CCAGUUGCAUAAUUCAAUAGAAUUCCUGUAGACAUUUCUUUAAGAAAUUUGAGGGAUUAACUGGAAUUAGGAGAGCAGUAAAUAUUCCCUGGCCGUGUUUAGUCGCAAAAACACCAAAGUCAUUGAAGCAGAGCGAGUGAAUGACUAAUGUGAUACUCAGCAGAAAGAGGUGCUUUACGCCAUCCGGUCCACGGCAUCCUUUGACUGGAAGACACGGAACACGAGGACGGUCAUUAAAGAGGGAUAGGGAUGCUGGUCAAGAGCAGUUGAAUCCUGCUGUUUUCAACCUGAUCACGAAGUGGAAUGCAACACGAGCUCACAGCAGAGACAACGACAAACUGCUAACAUUGAGCAAACUGAACCACCCACUGAACAUAACGGUUAUAUCCUCGCUACGUCCGUUUCGUCGUCCGCUACACUUCUGAAUGUUGUACUGUUGCGGUGGAAGGGAGAAGGGGGAGAAGGAGCACACGGGCGCGGAGGAGGCGUUGAUGAACAGCGGGGAAACGGACACCGUCACCGCAGGAAACCGGGAAGAAACUCCAGCUGCAGGGAUGUUUGACGCAACGGAUAUGCCUGAGCUCCUGCCGCCCUCGGGGCAACUUCAACCGAGUCCUCGUGACUCGGUGUGUCAGAUGCAGCAUUUGCGGGUUGAGUUCAACAGAGUCUUCUUGAGCCCCGAAUCCCCUCAACGGAGGUUAGGCCAGAGGGCCCCCAAACUCGGACAAAUUGGACGGUCAAAGAGAGUGGUCAUAGAGGAUGAAGAUCUGGACGACCUCAUGAACAACAACAACAACAGUGGACCUCUACCUGUCCCUCUCAGCAAUGAGCCAUCCUGAGCCUCUCUAGUAAUAUUCUAGACCAGCUAUUCGGGAAAUACGCCCUUCUGCCACAGGACAGUCGGGACACUUUCAGCAGGAGAAAAGGCAGACACCUCUCCCAGUAUCAGAUUCACACGAGAUCCGCAUGCGUUUCAGCUGUAGUUUAGUAGUCGCAUGGCAGCAGCUGUCAGCCUACAGCAGGCCACACAGGUGAUUUGUUGUGUAGUAGCUUCUUAGACCAGAGCUGUGUGUGUAACACUCGUGCCUCCCCGAGGAAGAAAUGUGUAUAUGUAGGCUGGUUAACAUAUUUCUGACCAAAGGCAAAGACCAGCCACUGUAGAUCACUCUGUCCUGGCUUGUGCUGUUAUAUAUCUUUUGUCUUUCAACUUAUUCAUUUAGACAUCUGGUAAGAAGAAUAGCACAAUGUUCUUGUGUUUCACUUUGUCUCUCUAAACUCUGGACAUGUAUGUUGCUUCUUAGAGCCAUGGUUGUAUUCAAUUGUGUCAACUAAAAAGGUUUUCCCUCUGGUUUUUCUGACUUUUAUUAAAUAAGUAUUAAGUAUAUAAAGGUUAAAAAAACAAUACAUUUCUUGAUUGCAGUGAUUCCAGAACUAAACUUCUUUGAUCACUUUUAUUUAUUAAAUUACUUUUUUUUUUUUUUUUUUUUUUUCGGCAUCUUGUGCCCUGAAGCUGAGUAUUACAUUUUUUAAGAAUUUGCAUCUCUAGCUGGUUUACAUGCUUUUAUGCCUUAAGAAACAUUGCACGUUGCAUUAGUUAUCACUGUGAAAAACUAUGCACUUGAUUAUUGCUAUGACACAUUACAUUUGAUGAAGUAUGUAACAAGCUUUUAUUUAGUUGGCUGAAUGAUUAUGUUGCAUGUAUGAAGAAUUUAUGUUGUUUUAUUGUUGCUUGAAUUUUGUAACUAUUUAAGCACUGGAAACUGUGUAAAGUUUGACAAUAAAUGACUAAUGUAGAGGCUGA